GUAGGCUUGAGUUUAGAGUCAGUUUGGCUCCGUUCGUUAAGCAGUUUGUACCAGUUGAACAUGGCCGAUAUCUCGAAGGAAGAUUUGAAGAAGGAGAUCACCGCCAUCUUGAAAGGUGCUGAUCUCUCAACAACUUCUGCCAAAAAAGUUAGGCAACAAAUUGAAGAAAAAUUGUCCAUUGAUUUAGCUUCAAGGAAAAAAGAAAUUGACGAAAUAGUCAUGCAGGUUUUAGCCAGCGAAAAGAAAGGCAAAAAGGUAAAGAAGAAUGGUAAUAAAGAUGAUGAUGACGAGGAAGAAGGUGAAGAAGAAGAAGGUGAUGAAAAGGACGAAGAAGAAGAAGAGGAGGAAGAUGAUGAUGACGAUGAGAAGAAACCAAAGCGUUCUCCUAAGAAGAUUUGGGCCAAGCGAAGAAAGUCUGACAGCGAUGGAAGCGAAGAUGCUUCUGAGGAUAAGGAAAGUGAUGAGGAAUAUUCACCAACCAAGAAAGCCAAGGUUGGUGCAAAAGCUAAGAAACCUGCAAAGGGUGGAAGGAAGAAGAAGGGUUCCGAUUCAGACAGUGAUGAAGACUGGGGAAAAGGAAAGAAAGGGGCUCCCAAGAAAGCUGGCGCUAAGAAGCGAGGUGGUGGCGGUUACAGCAAAACCUGUACACUAACGCCUGAACUUGCAGCAGUUGUUGGCCAGGAAUCAAUGGCUCGUCACGAAGUUGUAAAGAAAGUUUGGUCUAUAAUCAAAGAGCAAAAUCUUUAUGAUCCUAAGAAUAAGCAGUACGCUAUCUGCAAUGAUGACCUCAUGAAAGUCAUUGGUGUUAAGCGCUUCCGAACCUUUGGGAUGAUGAAGUAUUUAAAGAAACAUUUUGUCGAUUAAUCAUGACUGCACUAGAGAAAGAAUCGACAUCACCGUUAUACCCUUCGAAUCCAAUUGAUUUGGAUAAUCAUCUUUUAUAUACAUUAAUAGCUCAUGAAAUGUAUAAAUAUUUAAUUGUACCAUAUUAUAAGGGUUAUGAUUUAGAAUUGUACUGAAAUUUUAUGUAAAAAACUAAAAACACCUGAAAAGUCAUUUAGAUCCGUUAAUGUUUACUACAUUCAAUUAUUUGAAUGUUUUAUAUAUUUAUGUUUAAACUCAUAUUGUUUGAUUUAUGUCCCUUCGGGAUCUUAUAAUAUAUUUUAAUUUUGUAAUUAGCGUACAGCUUAAUAAGAUAGAUUCGUGAAUUUAGUGGACUUUUAUUUUUUUCUUUAGGUUCUUUAAUUCUAUGUAUUUUUAUUGUAACUGUGUAAUGUGUAUUUGUACACAAGAAAAAAAUAAAUAAAAUUUU